CAACCCUUGUCCAACUCAUCACGACACACACAGACCUCCAGCAGCAUGUGAGUCGACAGGUUGUGCACACAGAGGAAGAAAUGUUUAUUGCUAAAUAGAUUCGCUAAUAAUAAUAUCUAGCAGGCAAAGGCACUCAGACUACGCCAUGUCAAGUACAACAAUUGCAAAUACCGGCUUUUAAAGCAGGAUAUGUCGGUAGACUGAUAUUUAACUCGCAGUUGCAUGCCAGCUAACUUAACGUUAACUCGACCAAAAAAAAGCAACUUGUUGGGAGUUAUCAGGGAGCUGAAUGGCCUCUGUGGUGGCCUCUGUUGUGACUGUGAAAACCGAGAAGCGACCAGCUCAUGCUGAUACUCAGGAUGUUGACUCCAACGCCAAAAAACCCAGGAUUUGGGAACCAUCAAUGGAACCAUCACUCAAUCUCUGCCUGCCCCAAAGGAAACUGCUGCCCAGCCUGAAGACCAAGCGGGCGCCCGAGCUGGUCCUAGUUAUUGGUACAGGGGUGAGUUCAGCUGUGGCCCCUCAGGUCCCCGCGUUGCGCUCCUGGAAGGGUUUGAUCCAGGCCUUGUUGGAUGCGGCCAACGACUUUGACCUCCUCGAGGAAGAGGAGAGUAGGCGUUUUCAGAAGAGCCUGCAGGAGGACAAGAACCUAGUCCACGUGGCUCAUGACCUCAUCCAGAAGCUCUCUCCGAGAACAGGCAAUGUGCGGUCUACCUUCUUCAAGGACUGCCUGUACGAGGUGUUUGACGAUCUGGAGUGUAAGAUGGAGAACGCAGGGAAGCACCUUCUCCGCUCCGUACUGCAGUUGAUGGAGAGUGGAGCGCUGGUUCUCACCACCAACUUUGACAACCUGCUGGAGAUCUACGCAGCCCACCAGGGAUCGAAGCUGGAGUCUCUGGACCUAACCGACGAGAAGAAGGUCCUGGAGUGGGCUCAGGGGAAGAGAAGUCUGAGUGUUUUGCACAUUCACGGUGUUUACACGAAUCCCAGCGGUAUUGUACUGCACCCUGCUGGCUACCAGAAUGUACUGAGGAACACGGAGGUCAUGAGGGAGAUCCAGAAACUGUAUGAGACCAAGUCGUUUGUGUUCCUGGGCUGCGGGCGCACGGUGGACGACACCACCUUCCAGGCUCUGUUCCUGGAGGCGGUCAAACACAAGUCGGACCUGGAGCACUUCAUGCUGGUGCGGCGUGAGGACGUGGGAGAGUUCAAGAAGCUGCGGGACAACAUGCUAGACAAGGGCAUCAAGGUCAUCUCUUACGGCAAUGAGUAUUCCGACCUGCCUGAGUACUUUGAACGGCUGGCCAACGAGAUCUGCAACCGCGACGCUGUCACUAACGGCUGGGGAUCUCCCUCCCAAGAAGAACAGGAAAGCCAGAAUGGCUUUCAUUCACAGAAAAGCCUCCAAGACUAUCCUUCUUGACAGGCACAAAACAGACAGGAGUAUCAGUCAUUUUCAUCCACAGUUCCUUCAGUCUACUUCUACUCAGGUUUCAUUGGAUCUACUACUACUCCGCCAGGCAAAUAUGGGCCAGAAGAGACCCAUGUUACUAUUCUAGUCACCCGCUUAUUGUUUUUAUUUGAAUCUUUACCGGUUGUCAUGACAAAGGGAAAGACCCAGCAGGAAAGUAAACUGUUAAAGCAGCUGGCAACCCAAUUAGUGUUUCCCUACACCUUAACAUCUGGAAUAAGAUGUUGGAAAGGGCAAUGGAAGACUGAUGUAGGGAUGACAUAAGGACAGGUCCCUGACUUGGAUUCUAGCUCAACAUAAUUUGUAAAUGAAUCCUGUCCUGAAUGAAUGGCUGGAGAGUCCUGAGGACCUAGCUAUGCUAAAGACUCCCUGAAUUUGAAGAGAAGCAGGCGUGGCAAAAAUGUAGCACAACAUAUCCACAUCAGAGGAGGCUGGUGGAAUGCGCGCUAUAGGAGGAUGGCUCAUUGUAAUGGCUUGAAUGGAACUGGGUCAAACGUUUGUUUCACAUGAUUGAUACCGUUCCAUUUAUUCCAGACAUUAAUGAGCCUGUCCUCCUAUAGCUCUUCCCAUCCUCCCCUGUUUAGGAUCAACUAUGCGGUCCUCUUAUGAAACUGUCAAGUCUCACAGCAUCAAUAGGUGUUAACUAUGUAGUGUCUGAAAAUAAUGCUUGCCAUGCUAACUUGAAAGCAGCUAGUUCAAUCUGUGAAGCAUGGUAACAUGUUGAAAGGUUUUUGAGAAUCUUGUCUGCAGGUUCAGCAGUGACUUAGAUGAGGCAUCUUUAGAGUAACAAUCACUUGGCCACUCAUGUGCUGAAAAAAAAUAGUAUACUGUCCUUUAUAAGGCUUUUGGAUUUUUAAUACCGCAUGUUUUGUGAAAUCUGUAGGUAUUUGUGCUAUUUAAAAAAAUUAAUAAAACCUUUUGGUAUCAUACAGUGCAUUCGGGAAGUAUUCAGACCCCUGACUCUUUCCACAUUUUGUUACAGCCUUAUUCUACAAUGGAUUAAAUAUUAUUUCUACACACAAUACCCAAUGACAAAGCAAAAACAGGUUGACAAUUUUGCAAAAGUAAAAAUACUCUUAUAGGUAUUCAAACCCUUUACUCAGUGCUUUGUUUAAGAACCUUUGGCAGCAAUUACAGCCUUCUUGGGUAUGACACUACCAACUUGGCACAUCUGUAUUUGGGGAGUUUCUCCCAUUCUUCUCUGCAGAUCCUCAAGCUCUGUCAGGUUGGAUGGGGAGUGUCGCUGCACAGCUAUUUUCUGGUCUCCAGAGAUGUUCGAUCGGGUUUGGGCUCUGGCUGGGCCACUCAGACUUGUUCCGAAGUUACUCCAACGUUGUCUUGGUGUCAUUGGCCUGUUGGAAGGUGAACCUUCGCCCCUAGUCUGAGGUCCUGAGCACUCUGGAGCAGGUUUUCAUCAAGGAUCUCUACUUUCCUCUGUUCAUCUUUCCCUCGAUUCUGACUAGUCUCCCAGUUCCUGCCACUGAAAAAUAUCCCCACAGCAUGAUGCUGCCACCACACUUCACCAUAGGGAUGGUGCCAGGUUUCCCCCAGACGUGAUGCUUGGCGUUCAGGCCAAAGAGUUCAAUCUUGGUUUCAUCAGACCAGAAAAUCUUGUUUCUCAUGGUCAGUCCUUUAGGUGCCUUUUGGCAAACUCGAAGCAGGCUGUCAUGUGCCUUUUACUGAAGAGUGGCUUCUGCCUGGCCACUACCAUUGGUGGAGUACUUCUGGAAGGUUCUCCCAUCUCCACAGAGCAACUCUGCAGCUCUGUCAGAGUGACCAUUAAGUUCUUGGUCACCUCCCUGACCAAGACCAAGGCCCUUCCGAUUGCUCACUUUGGCUGGGCGGCCUGCUCUAGGAAGAGUCUUGGGUGGUUCCAAACUUCUUUCAUUUAAGAAUGGAGACUUGUUUUCUUGGGGACCUUCAAUGCUGCAAUCCUGUCUGAGCUCUAUGGACAAUUCCUUCGACCUCAUUGAUUGGUAUUUGCUCUGACAUACUGUCAACUAGGACCUUAUAGACAGGUGUGCCUUUCCAAAUCAUGUCCCAUAAAUUGAGUUUACCACAGGUGGGCUUCAAGUUGUAGAAACAGCUCAAAGAUCAGGAUGCAUCAAUUGAGUCUCAUAGUAAAGGGUAUGAAUAGUUAUUCACAAGGGUCUGUUCAUCUUUUAAAUUAGAACAUUUCUAAAAACCUGUUUUUGCUUUGUUUUGGGUUGGAGAUUGAGGGAAUUAAAUCAAUUUUAGAAUAGGGGUGGAAAAGUCUGAAUACUUCCCGAAUGCACUGUACACCAGUUGCCACUCGACUCUUCCUGUUGCAAUACUUUUCCAUGUUGCCAAGAGAUGACAUUUUGCCUUUGUUAUCCAGACCACACUAUCAGCAUUUAUGUUCCAAGGUUGGAAUUGGAAAACGUAUAAACAUAAGCUAUAGGGUACAUAACAAAACCAUAAGUUGUUAGGCUGUUCAUAGCAGCUUUAUUUAGAAAUGUUUACAUUCUCAAAUUGACAUAUGGGACUGAGAAUGUAAGACUUGUCAUUUUGACCCUUUUAUUUUGUAGAAAGCUGUUGUCCAGAGACCUUUGACAUCUCUGGACUUUUAACCCCAAAUGUAAUAACCCAUGUCUCUUCACCUCCACCAAAUUGAACUCUCCAAUUCGGAGGAAGAAGGGGGCAUAGGGGUCCAUCAUGGAGAGCGAGAGAAACAAGAGUUACUUAGUGUUGUGCAGGCUUAUUGAUGUUUUCAGCAGACAGACCAUCACCUCUGCAGUGGUGAUGCUUCAGGGAGACGGAAUAGGCACUAUGGUCACUAAGCUUUACUCAGGGACAGGGUGGCUGCUGAAACGUGUCACCUCCAGCAAGCAUUCAUACCUGCCAUUUUCUCAUUGAAGUGAAGGGGAAAAAGACAAUGCCAGGAAGUGAAUUUGACAUUUGAUCAGAUGGAAAUGUCUCUUGUUGAACUUCACCGCAUCAUUUUAAAGCUAAACAAAAUUGAGGUACUUUAAACUGUUGGUCCAAAUUCAAGAGAUCUUAGUGCAAUAUUGCUUAAAAAGUCAACAACCGCCCCGUUCCCAGACGGAGCUGGGAGGAAGCCUGUGAGUUUUGUGUUUGGUGCCAUGUGGAGGAUCAUAGUUAGGAUGUGAACUGCAGGACCAGACAUCUCAAAGUGCAGUGUUUGUGGUUGGCUUUGUCACGAUGGUGGUGAACAUAUGCAGGCAGCAGCCACUCAGGCCUUCAUAAGGGCGCCCACCACAGCACGGGCAUUGAGGCUCCGCAGGUCAUUGUAGGUCUGCCCCGUGCCGACAAACACAAUGGGCUGCCCUGUGAUGUAGGUCAUUGAGAUAGCAGCGCCAACCUGAAGGGAGGAGUGACGUCAGCUUUGCAACCACAAACCACGCAGACUUCUGUUCUUACCGAUUAGGAUGUCAAACAGCAUUUAAAAGCUUUGACUUCCAUCAAACCCCGUAAGCUGGGGGGGGGGGGGGGGGGUUCUAAGCUAUAUGGAAUGGUCAGACCAAGGAUGAGUUUGAAUCUUUGAAGAAUAGCAAUAUAUACAGUACCAGUCAAGUUUACACCUCAUUCUAGGGUUUAUUUUUACUAUUUUCUACAUUGUAUGAACACAUGUUUUAAAUCAAAGUAUUCACCUUUUGCCUUGGCAUUCUCUCAACCAGCUUCAUGAGGUAGUGCACCUGGAAUGCAUUUCAAUUAACAGGUGUGCCUUAAGGUAAUUUGUAAAAUUUCUUUCCUUAAUGUGUUGACAUUGUAGGGGUGGUAUACAGAAUAUAGCCCUAUUUGGUAAAAGACCAAGUCCAUAUUACAGCAAGAACAACGACAGUCCAUCAGGAAAAUUACAAAAACCAUUAAGCGCUAUGAUGAAACUGGUUCUCAUGAGGACCGCCACAGGAAAGGAAGAACCGGAGUUACCUCUGCAGCAGGACAAGUUCAUUACAGUUACCUGCACUUCAGAUUGCAGUCCAAAUAACUGCUUCAAAUAGUUCAAGUUAGACACAUCAACUGCUCAGAGAUUCUUCAUGGUAAAUUGCUGCAAAGAAACCACUACUAAAAAGGACACCAAUAACAAAGAAGAUACUUGCUGGGCCAAGAAACACGAGCAAUGGACAUUAGACAGGUGGAAAUCUGUCCUUUGGUCUGACGAGUCCAAAUGUUUGGUUCCAACCUCUAUCUUUGUGAGACGCAGAGUAUGUGAAUGGAUGCACUCCGCAUGUGUGGUUCAUACUGUGAAACACGGAGGUGGUGGUUUGCUGGUUACACUGUCGGAUUUAUUUAGAAUUCAAGGCGCAUGGCUACCACAGCAUUCUGCAGCACUCACAGUUACGCCAUCCUAUCAUUUGUUUUUCAACGGGAAAAUGAUCCAAAACACACCCCCAGGCUGGGUAAGGGCUAUUUGACCAAGAAGGAGAGUGAUGAGGACCUGGCCUCCACAAACACCUGACCACAACACAAUUGAGAUGGUUUGGGAUGAGUUGGACCGCAUAGACAAUGAAAAGCAGCCAACAAGUUCUCAGCAUAUGUGGGAACUCCUUCAAGACUGUUGGAAAAGCAUUCCAGGUGACUACAUCAUGAAGCUGGUUGAGUGUGGAAAGCACUCAUUAAGUCAAUGGGUGGCUACUUUGAAGAAACUCAAUAUAUUUUGAUUAGUUUAACACUUUUGGUUACUACAUGAUUCCAUGUGUUAUUUUAUAUAGUGUUGAUGUCUUCACUAUUAUUCUAAUGUAGUACAAAUAAAGUAAAACCGUUAAAUGAGUAGGUGUCCAAACUGCCUGGUACUGUAUAUAUUUGUCCUUACUGCUAUUAGCCCAUACAAAUUGAUUAAAUAACAGACUCACUACAUGGAACAGAUGGUCCCAACAAAAUAUAAAAGCGAAGUUUGUUCUGAAGUGUCUGUCCUAUAUCUGAGAGAUAAGAAAGAUCAAGAAACUUGUUUUAUUUUUACAUGUAUUUAAUGGCAUACAAACCUUGUCAUCAAUGGUGUCAAACUUGGUGAGAACGAUCCCAUCAAUCAGACAUGGAGUGAUCAGCCAGCGCCUGGUUAAAUUUCACCUGAAAGUAAAGUAUCGCACUCGUUAUACAGUGUGGAGUGCAACAUGAGACAGCUAUGCAAAUCAACAAACCGUUACAGUAAGCAGCAGGUAGCCUAGCGGUUAAGCAGAGUGGGUGAGUAACGGAAAGGUUGCUGGUUCGAUUCCCCGAGCGACUAGGUGAUAAAUGUGUUGAUGUGCCCUUGAGCAAGGCACCUGAACCCUAAUUGCUUUUGUAAAGCUCUCUAUAAGAGUGUCUGCCAAAUGACUUAAAUGUAAAAUGUGCCCUCUACAUGACAAUAUUGAAAAAUAUAAUCCAGUAGCAUAGCCCAUUUCAACUUUCUAGGGUUGUAAGUAAAGCUCACAUUUUUAUGCCAUUUUAAUCCUUGGAUGGGCCGCCUAAGUGUUUUUUUCAGAUCACCUAAAUCCAAACACUAAAAAAUGUAAGUAUUUGGGAUGGAGAAACUCUUUCGGUGUAAACUUAAAACGACAAAAAAACUAAGUAUGUAGAAAAGACUUUCCCCAUACAUGUUUUUAUAAUAUAAUCUUCGACAAGUAACAAUAACCCAAAUAAACGCUAGACAGUCAAGGUGAAUUGAAAAUUUAGCAGAAUUUAGCACUAUUCAUCUGGCUAUUGUAUUAGCAAAACACAGCAUUAGCUAUGGCAAAUUACAUAGCAUUGUAGGAAACUAGCUUUAGAAGUGAAAAGUUCUCAGCUCCAUGGCAGAAUGUAGAAUUACAAUAAAAUUAGUUUAACUGCAAAAAAAAACUAAAAAAUGAAAUCUCUUCGCUCCAAUAUUCAACAAUUUUAGGAAAUUGGCUUAGAAAUUCUCAAAUGUUUUUACACCAAGACGGGGUCCUUUUUUUGAUCCAGAAGAAAUCUAAAGAUAUAGCAUAAUCCAAAAUAAACUUGAGUAUUCGAAACGGAUGUGAAUGUAUUUGGUAGUCCGUUUUUUAUCUUCUAGGGAUCUGAGUGUCACAGGCUGAUGAAACAGUAAGGUGUUAUAUGUUCUAAAAGGACUCUUACUAGCUGGUCGACAGCCUCGUUGUCCACUAGAGCCUCCCCCACAAACAGCACCAGGUCAGGCAUGUUGACAGCUAUCAGCUUGGCCAGGGCCGUCAUCAGCGGGGUGUUGUCCUGCAUCCGUCCAGCAGUGUCCACCAGCACCACAUCAAAGUCCUGGUUACGGGCUGGACAGAGACGGGGAGACAAAGGAGGAUUUCUUCACUUGGUUGAAUGGAUGUCUGGCUUGGUCCGUAUACUCAGUUUAUAUGUGAUACAUUAAGAAGCAUUUGUGAACCCCUCCUGCAUUACACCAUACAUUUAAUUGAGAUCAGAGCUAUUGCAUGCUAUGGGGCGAAAAUGAUCUAAUAUAUGAAUGGCAAGCUGGGGCAUGGUAUGGUUACCAUAGGCGAUAGCCUCCAUGGCGAUGCCAGCGGCAUCCUUCCCGUAGCCUUUCUCAUAAAGCUGCACUACGGGGCGUCCCCUGUCGUCCUGAGGGGGGUGCAUGGAGUUAAGGCGGCGCUGGUGGGUACGCAGCUGCUCCACGGCCCCCGCACGGAAUGUGUCACAGGCUGCUAUCAGCACGGUGAAACCGUUCUCGAUUAGCCAGAAAGAGAUCUGCACACAGAGGAUGGAGGGUUUCAGUAAAUAAAACAAUAUUUUCCCUGCUGGUUUUUCUGUGGUCUGAAUGGGGGCUUACUCGGUUAUCUAGGUCAUAGUACAGCCAGGAAAGUCCCAACCAGGACCUGGUUUGGUUAAAUGGAUGCAACCCAGGUUUAAAAUCCCCAGCCAUACCAAUGUUUUCAAUAUGAUGGAUUAACAGGAAAAAAAACAUUGACACACUGGUGGAUCUAACCUUGGCCAGGUUGGUGGACUUGCCAACCCCGUUGACCCCACAGAAGGUGAUGAUGAAGGGCCUGCGCUGGCUCCGAGCCUCCAAGACGUCUCUCAGGAUGUCCACACGCCGCUUUGGUUGCAGGAUCUGGACCAGGGAGUCCUGCAGGGCCCCCUUUACUGUUGAUGCUACAGCUAAAGAGAGAGGGGAGGGCUUUAUCAGAGCAAGAGGUAUACUCUGAACUGUUGUGCAGCAUCUUCGCAUCUCUUUGGGGGAGAGAAGUCUAUCUAGUUCACUUCAAUCUCUCCACAGGUAAACUCAUUCAAAUGUGGACUUAUUCUAUUCUGACUGGCUGGCUGGGUGGAAGACAGUUGUACUCACUAGUGAAGGUACCCAUGACUUUGCCCUCCAGUUUCUUGGCUACAGAGUCACAGAGUUGGGAGGCAAUUUCAGCUGCUACAUUCUUAGCUGCAAAAACAAUUGAUGACAGAAAAUUCAAUGAAUAUAAUUCAACUGUGAAGCUUUUCCCUCAGGUGAACUAGGACAUGAACAAAUCAAGGUUGGCUAGUUAUGUACACUCCCUUAUGUAUUUAUUUGGACAGUGAAGAUAAAACAUUUGUCUCCAUACUCCAGCAUUUUGGAUUAAAUGUUUCAUAUGAGGCGACAGUACAGAAUGUCACCUUUUAUUUGGGGGUAUUUUCAUACAUGUUUAAGCAUAUAGAAUUGAAAGCACUUUAUGCAUCUACUCCCCCAUUUGAAGUACAUGUGGAUGCUACCAUGAUUAUAGAUAAUCAUGAAUUAAUCACUAAUAAUGAGUGAGAAAGUUAGAGGCACAAAGAUCAUACCCCCAAGGCAUGCGGACCUCUCACCAUUACCAAUAACAAGGGAGGUUAGGAGGGUCUGAUAUUUAUCCCUCUAACUUUCUCACUCCUUAUUCACAAUUCAGUAUUAUCCGUAAUCAUGGUAGCAUCCACAUUAAUGUGGAUGGUGGGUACGCAGCUGCUCCACGGCCUCCGCACGGAAUGUGUCACAGGCUGCUAUGUUCAAGAACAUUAUUAUUUUCACCAUAAGUGAACAUUAUUUACUAUUCUUUUCUAUUGUCCACAACAUAAUCUGUAACACAACAAACUUUAAAUGCAGCUAACAAGUUUGUAACUAGAUGUCAUUGCAUGCUAGGAAUAUGGGACCAAUACUAAACUUGACUACCCCACAAGUGAAUUAUUUCAAAUACGUACGACACCUUCAAAUGGAGGGACUAGAUACAUAGUGCUUUAAUUUCUAAACAUUAAAACAUAUGUACGAAAAUACACAACAAAAAAAUACAUUCUGUACAGUCACCUGAUAUGAAACAUUUGACCUGAAAUCCAAAAAUAAUGGAGUAUAGAGCCAAAUGUAAAGUUUUAGCUUCACAGUCUAAAUAAAUACAUAGGGGAGUGCAUGUGUUAAACUGAUACUGUAGUGGGGAACAGAGGAGUCCAUACCGAUGAGGUGGUCCCUCAUCUUCUCCAGAACUGGCUCCAUGUCCUCCUGGCUCAGACUCUUGGAACCCACCAGGCCCUUGAGCAUCCCAAACAUCCCCACAUAAGCACCCCUUUUGGGGCAAAAAAAAAAUCAAAUGGAUACUUAAGUCGUCAGGUGCAACAGGGCACAACGUCCCAUUCAAAGCUUCCAUUCCUUAGCCAUGCUUCUUAUUAUCUGACACAUUUAAUAAUCUAAGGGUCUCACAUUUGUUUGCUUGUGUCAGCAACUACCACCUUCUCCACCGCAUCUUCCUCGCUGGACUCGUAAUCCACAGCGAGCAGGUCACCCUUCAUCGAGCUCAGCUGCAUCCCCUGGACAACAAGACAAGACUUUAUUAAGAUGUGCAAUUCCUAUAAACUAAGCACUUCUACACCACAUGGGCCUUAUUUAUUAAGGUACCAACAGAGCAUCCCUGAAGGAUAAUAGCUCUAGUCUGGUUAAACCAGUGACCACUGCACUCACAAUUAUUUCACUUUUCAAAUAAUGUGAGCACAGAUAUUCACUCUGGUACAACCAGGCAAUAUUAGCUCUGCUGCUCUCAAACCCAACAGGCACAUACCGGGUCAGCUUGAGCAUCCAGGACAUGGACCCCAGUAGCAUGGUCUCCGUUGCCAUUGCACUGGCUGUAGUCCAGUUCCUUGGUGCUGCUGCCACCCAAGGUCCACACCCGCUUCUCUUUCCCCUUGGUUUUCUCCUUCACAGGUUUGGGGGACUUACUGGAAGGCAAGAGACAACAUGACUUUCUGUACUGAAACAACUGUCAGUAACAUUCCAAAUUAUAACUUUAACCACAUUGUGUUCCAUUCCUCCCCCCACUCACCUGGGCUUCUCUGCAGGUGCCCACAUGCGCUUGCGUAUAAACUCCUCUCUCUUCUUCUGAAUGAUCUCCUCCUGGGUCAAGCCCUGGUUACCAUUCUCCACUGUCUUCUGACUGGCUGGAGCCUUAGCUUGUUCCCCUUUCACAGGCUCAGCAGCAGGAGCUGGGGGGAAGAUUUCAGAAACUAACCCCUGCCAUACAAAACAUUAUCAAUGUCCCCAUGAAAUUAAAACAUGAAGAGAAAAAAUGUGGGACUGGUUUCAAACCGAAAUUGUGUAAGGAAGAACCAUGACAAAGUGCUUGUAUUCCAACAAAACCUCCAUAAUAAUCACAUCAAACCCUUACCCUCUUUUUUGGCAUUCUUAUUCUUCUUGCCACCCUGUUCCUUGCCCUUAUCCCCUCCCUUCGUCUCGAUCAUGGACUUCACAGUUUUCUGGGAUUUCAGGGAAGCAUUGAAGCUCCUCAUGGAGGUAGGACCUCGAGCUUUGCUGCUCUCCUCCGCCUCACUAGAGCACAACAGGACAGUAACAGAAUCAAAGCACGAAGCAUUUGACUUGAAGUAUUGUGAAAUUAUAUUUUAUAUAAGUAGCCUACAGGUCCUUGUAGACCUGUGGGAUGACAACUCAACAGCUGGUUGUGUGUGAGAUUCAGCAUAGCAAAUUAGUAUGAAAGUAUAAUAUGAAUCUCUUUAUGCACCAUUAGUUCAGCUCUGUAUGCAGUAUCAGCCCUAAGAUGUGAAACUGCUUACCAAAGAAGCAUUUUGAAGUCAUCCUCAAAUGCAAAACAGCUGCUCAACAGUGUACGGGCCCCCCUUUUGCUCCAGCUCAUUCUUAUAGCGAUCCCUGAAGUGGAGCUGUACGUCAUCUAUGAACUUGUCAACAUACGUCAGCGUCAGGAUUUUUUGAAAACCCACC